AGAAAGUGAGCGGAAAAUACGGAGCCGACGAUUUUACCGGCGUACGGCGGCGCAUCCGCUCUGUUGUGUAUCAUCACCACCACCACCGUUUGCAUAAGGGUCUGCGCGUGUGUUUGCUCUUCGGUGUGGUGUGUGCCUAGUGUUUGCGUGCUUAUGUUUGCGUCUACGGAACAAACGGCACGGAUUAUUACAGAUGCUCGUCCGUAACACUGGGGGCAACGUUGUGAAUACGGAAGCCGGAGCUGGCCGGUGCUGGAGAAGUGAUUUUACUGAAAAGUGCAUAGUUUUCCACCCACCAAACCCCACCGCACACCAUACGGUGCCAUCCAAAUUGACGGAAUCACCGAUCGACGUGAAAGGUGAUCUCUGCUGCACGUGGAUCACUCCUGUUGCCACCCGUCUCCGGGUCAUCGUUUCCAAUUGGUGCCUCUCUAGCAGCUGUUCCGUGCGGUGGACGACACGGCCGCGAGUUGAUGUGAAGUGUUUGUGUGGAUGUUUGUGAGUCAAAGGUGAAGCCGUUUGUUUUCGUUGUUUCGUUGAAUCUUUGCGUAGCCUACUAGCAAAAAAAAACGGGAACACAACGAUUCAUGGCCGAAAAGCCAAGUUCACUAAGUCGUCUGCCGAGGUAGUUGCGGGAAGAAUUCCCGCCUGCUGCUAGGUGUUUCACUUUAAAGAUUACACCAAUCGGCUUGACUGGAGAGUAAAGAGUGAAAACCCCGCAUUGGAAUCCCCUGUAAGACUGUUUCCUUCUCAGGAUUUUCAAGCAAACGGUGCGCUCUGCAGCUACUCCAUCUUGAUACCCGUAACAAAUAGCGAAGAUAAACCAAUUGAUAGACAACAUAUCAUACAACACAGCACAUCCUGGCAGCAAGCCAAAUAGAACCAACCUAUUCUACGAUAGAACAAACUGACCACUGCACCUCAUUUAAUGACAGCACAGUCAAACUACAAGGUGCCAUUCGUAUGUUACAACAAACUGGUCGGAGAACGGUGAAAUAAUUCGUGUACCAUCUUUUGUGAAAUCGAAGCCAUCAUCAAUCAUUAUUAGAUGGAUUAACGUAUGUUUCUGUCGAACCGAGUGAUAGAUUAGUGUUAAGAUUGUCUGUGGUUUCAUCUGAAUCACGAGAGCCUCAGUUUUCCGAUUGUGUUGCGAUUGAAUUCUGUACUUCCUUGUCGGCAUAGCAUUGAGCAACACAACGAAUUUUGUUGGGAGAUAUAACACGAUUCAUAAUAACAGAUACUGCUCCUUGCUGCUCCCAUGCUCAGCGGCGCCUGUUAGUUUUAUCGAGUUGAAGGCACAAAACGAUCGAAACAACAAUGAAUUUACGGUAUCGGGAAACGUUUUGUAUCAUACUGCUACUAUUCUCCAGUAUUAUCGCAGAAGAUUUUGACUUUGUACGAGAGGUGAAAGACGAUGUAAAGCCGCUAGCAGCGGAACCGUUAGGCGUAGAUAGUCCAGCAAAACUAAUUCACCAAAAGGCCCUCGAUCAAUGUUUGCCCUCGGAGAACAGGAUUACGCUCUCGCUGGUUCUACGCUCCAAAAACUGGAACCACGUUAAGCAGAGUGUGAAACAACGCACAAUCAGUACACUUUCGAAGUAUUUCUUAGCACCAGAGGAAUCUUUUAAUGUUCUCAAUGUGAAAGGCAAUGAGCUGCGCCAUAUGUUGGAGAAAGCAAUAAAGCACGGUAAAAAGCCUGAGUUAACUAGGAAGUCAUUCGGAAUUGUUCAACUCAAUGUCGGAUGCGGUGAUACAGUCUUUAAGAGUGUCAAGGACACUAUCCGUAAACUCAAUACUUACCUGGCAGAUAUCAGCGAUCUAACGGAGUUGGAGUUUACUUCAUGGAUUCUCUCUAAACACGCAGUACCAACAGAAAUUCAAAGAUCUAAGCGGGAAACGACCGAUGAUGAUUACGAUUAUGAUUACGAUGAUGAAGAUGACGAGGAAGACGAUGGUGAAACAACGGAAGUUCCUCAUGCUCAUCGGCAUCAUCACGGUUCCAGUGAGAAUACUGAUAGUACGACGACGACAGUUCAUGUCACGACGAGCAGCCCGAGAAGCAAUCUUCUCACCAUUUCCUCAACUCCGAUGGCACCAACGAGAGAUCACCGGUCUCCGCUACCGGUGGACGUGUUUUCGACCACUCCAUCGCCCGACUCGGAGUCUCUAGAAAUUGAAGGCUCAGGUUACGAUGCUCAUAAAGAGCAGAUCAGCGGAAGCGAAAACGAUGCGGAAACAAUACAGACGUCAACCAUGAUCACCAGUAAUGUUCCGCUAACCACGCCUAACCCGAAGGAGCCAAGUGCUGCAGUGGCACCUUACUCAAACGAAGGCAGCCAGGAAGAUACGCAGAGUGAAGAAAUACUAGACGAGCAGGAUGAGGGCUACUAUUCACACGGGGCCACGACAACACAGCGCACGGUCGAAGCGUCUGUCACCACUCCCAGGCAAACCGCCACGGCCACGGUAAAGGACGUAGAGUACAACUACGAUGAUGAGUAUGACGAUGAAGAGAAUGAAAGCGUCGAUAUUGAGCCCACGACCAGCAGCACCGUACCGGAAUCGCGUAACGUGCCAUCCAGCACCGAAAAGACGGUGGUGGCACCGUCGUCCACAGAGGCUACCACUCCAAGAACUACGACCCAAGAGUUAACCUCAACGACAACCACCACUACGACGACUACUACGAUGGCGCCAACAACGACUUCCACCACAAGCACUACAACGACGACUACAACGACUGAGGCUCCAACAACGACGACCACGACUGCCGCGACGACGGAGUUGGACGAACCAACGAAUCUCCCUCCAAUCAUCCGGAACCGAUUCCCCAAACAGCCGGUGAUUGCCGGAAAGGUGUACAACUACGUAAUACCGAUAGAAACCUUUUACGACAACGAGGAUGGUAACAACUUGCGACUGGAGCUGUUCGACAGCCGGGAGCAACCGUUGAAGCAUAACUCUUGGAUUCAAUUCAACGAAGAAACCAGAGAGAUCUAUGGCCUGCCCCUUGAAAAGGACGUGUCUAGAUGGCAGUACAAGUUGCGUGCAACCGAUUCCGGUAACCUAACCGUCACUGAAACGGUCGACAUCGUCGUACAGCAGCAUAAAUCACAUCGAAGCGUGAACCACGAGAUUAGUUUGGCAUUGCGGUUGAGCCGCAAGUUCACCAACAACGUCGACUGGCAGAUGGUGGCUGUUCGCGGGAUAGCGAAGGUGGUCGAUGACAGUACACUGAAUAACAUUGUAGUGCGCGACAUCCGCAACAGCCUGCAGGACCCUAAGGUCGCGACGUUGGUCUACACGAACGAGACACUCCCGAAAGAUCGCUGCCCGGAAGAGAAGCUUGAUGAGCUGGUGGCGCUUCUGACGGAGAAGGCACUCAACGAUGCACUCUUUCCCGAUAUUACCGUCAAAUCGAUCGAGGGCCAGCAGAUUGGGCAGUGCACGAAACCGACUCUUCCAAAAGCCAAACCGACGCAAAGCAUUUCGCGUAACUAUGGACCACAGGCACGGAAUCAGGUGGACCAGGUUAAUGCAACCGUUGGCCAUUUACUCGUAUUCAAAGUGCCGACUGAUACCUUCUAUGACCCGGAAGAUGGCAACGAGCUGAAGUUGAAACUGUUAACCACCGAACGCCAAACUCUCGACCCGUACCAUUGGUUACAGUUUGAUAGCAAAAAUCAGGAAUUUUAUGGUGUACCCCGGCCAAGUGAUAUUGGACGCAAAGAGUAUCUUUUGAUGGCUGAAGAUCGCGAGGGUCUUACGGCGACGGAUGCACUGGUGGUCGUUGUGAAUCCGAACCACAAGCGUGAUUAUAGCGUUCUAUUCGAGCUUACGCUUGACACGACGCACGAGCAGUUCAAUACGGCACAGGUGCAACGCCGUUUUAUCGAGCGAUUGGCGUCCGUGUUUGGUGAUUCCUCAACGCAUUACAUCCGGAUCAAUCACAUCCGGCCAAUACAUCAUACCGGCCAGGUGCAGGUGUCGUUCUUUAACACCACGCUUAACCGGCAGCACCAACGGUGUCCGGAGGAGGAAAUCGAAGGACUGCGCAAUAUUCUGCUACACCAGGAUAGCACCAUACGGGCGAAGGUGCGCGAAACGCUUGGCCAAGAGUUUAGCCUUCAAAACGUGAGCCUGGUGCCGUUGGGUAACUGCCAUGGUUUUGAUACGCCGCAUCAUGCGACCAGUGAGCCCGAGAAGGCCAUCACACCGCCCAUCUCGAAGGACGACUAUCUGCUCACCUUCGUGCUGCCGACGGUCAUUAUCCUGGUCAUGCUGCUUAUCGCAUCCAUUAUCGCCUGUGUGCUGUACAAGCGGCGGUUGACGGGCAAGAUGGAACUCGAAUAUAUCAAUUUCAAACCUAUCGCCUCGACGUCGUCCCAUCCCCAAGGUACCGACGAGGAGCGAAAGUCGUUCCGCUCCAAGGGCAUACCGGUCAUCUUCCAGGACGAGCUGGACGAGAAGCCCGAAAUCGGUAACAAGUCACCAGUUAUACUGAAGGACGAAAAACCUCCACUGUUGCCCCCCUCCUACAGUAGCACCAACAACGACGGUGAUAACGAGGACGUUGAUGAGUACGUGCCACCACCGGCGGUCGUUGUCGGUGGUCGCGAAUCGCGUGGCAAAUCUCCCGUCACACCUUCCUACCGACGACCACCACCCUACGUGUCUCCAUAGAGGGAGCCGGAUCGCACGGAUCGAGUGUCGUUGGUCCAGCGUCCAAGUUAGAUAUGUUUUAUUUUUUGUUUUAAUUCCACUUAAUUGAAUAUCUUUUGCGUUCGAUAUUUACCAACAACACACCAAAAAAACCAAUUAAUCAUGAGGAAACAACAAAUCGUAAGCAAGGAGGAAAUCGCCAACGAAAGCGACGAGCGUGCUAGUAGCAACUCCUUCCGUAUGUUUUGUGCAUUGCACUUGUGGGGUGUGAUUCCCCCAAGCCAAAAGCGAAAUCGCGGGAUUGGGUUCUUGUAUUGUACAAACAUAACUAGCAAUGCAUGGUAAUGUGUCCCAGGGAAAGGCGAUCCAGGCGGCAAGCAGCAUGGCGCAUGAAGGGGAAAAUACGGAAUGUAGCUGUCCCGUGGGAAAAAGGGGAAGCACUCGCGGCUAGUGGAUAAGGAAACAUUCAAUUAAUAGUCAGCGACGAAUUGCGUUCGGGUAGUGCUUAGGUGCGUGUAGUAGUGUAGUAGUUAUAGUUUAAGUUACACGUGAGAGCGCUUUUUAUGGUGUAUCAAUCGGAUACAAAAAGGUGAACGUGUAGACGUUCCGGCCGUCACCGUUAAUUUACCAGAAGAUGAUCGACCUAAACAGUGGCGCAAUAGUCAGGCCACGAACCAUUUCGACAUUUUGCAGUGCACGUUUGCUCGGUGGUCAGUAAUUGUAGGCAGCAAUGAGUGUCAUUUACGUUUAUUUAUAUCUCAAGCCAUCGACCAGAAUUUCUCGUUAGGUCGAUGGGGGCGUAAACCCCGACAGAAAAUUGCUGGUAAAUUGUAUCCUUAGCAUUAGCGUUGGUUCCUUUAAACUACUCACCACAAAUACGCUCUCCUUCGUGACAUGCGCGAACGCACAAUCAGCAGCAGCAGCAGCAGGAGCAGCCAAGUAAAGGGUGUAGAGCGUGUAACCUUUACACGCUAUUUUCGACUGUAGAGAAGAGAGGGCCCCUUUCUCAGCCAAGUCCUUCCCCCUGUUCGAACUCAAAUGUACGCUAAUAACACGAAACUAGCACAGUAUCCUGGAGACAUAGUAGCGAUUUGAAGGCAUUAAAACCAUUUGCACCUCUCUUGAAUCCAUACUCUAAUGAGCUUAAACCGAUGCCCGAUGAUAACGGACGAUAGAAUGAUAUUAGAUGCUCCGCGGACGGCCGUUCGGUUCGUCAGUGGAACGAUAGAUGGUAUCGUCGUAUGAACUCACGUUGAUAAUGAGCCACUAUUCCGCUUCUAAUAGCCGGAAAAGGUAGCAAACGCACCACCACCACUGACUAUAUGCUCAUAUCCCUGCCUGCCAUAAAGAUUGACUUUUGUGAACAGAUUUCUAUUCAAACGGAUAUGCCAUAGGGGAAUCCCGAGACCCGAGCCUAUGGAUUUCGUCACACAAAUCGCACAAAUCGCGCUGAGAAUGAGUUGUCGCCAUUUUAUUGCAUUAUCACUGCCACUGUUCGUUUUUUUAUGGCUUGUUUGCCAGUUUAUCUGCAUAUCUGGACAGGAGAGAGGUAUCACUGCAGGGAUCAACACGAUGCUUUUGGGAAUACUUUUCUUGUUGCAGAAGAAGCCAACAAGCUCAUCAGUUCUAGAACCCCCCAUAUAUACACCUACGCCAUAAGUGCAGAAAAGAUUCUCCAAUUGAUCUUUCAAAUCACACUCGCUAGGUAAACAGUCUUUCAACAAAAGGAAAUAUCAAUGAUAAACUGCAGAGUGAGUGGAAGAGAUUGAAGACGAAUAAGAGAUCAACGAUUUUCAUUUUGCUCCAUCUACAGCUAGAUACCAUUUCAUAAAUGGAACAAGGCCAUUUUGAGUCCCCGCGAACGCGUGUGACUGCAUUCAUUUGUAUAAAACAAGCGUUACAUGCAUGCAUUCAUCGAUUCAUCAACGUUCAUUCAUCCGCAUUAGUAGCAUGUGUGUACUUGUCGCUUUGGAAACGACAAGCGAUCUACAUUAUUAGACCAAUUUGCAACAAUCGCAACUACCCCCCCGUCGUACGUUUGCGGCGAACUGGAGUAUGAACCAUCCUUUCAGGAAGUAGUUUUGCAUCGAUCGAUCGACAACGCGUCUUCAGUAGACAAUUAUUCGCAAUCGAGAAACAUAUACAUAUAGUAGGGCAUCAGAGCGGUUCGAAUCAGGAGAAUGAUUGUGUCAACCGAUGUCAGUUCGAUCAGAACUAUAAAUGGUCAGUUCCGUCACAGUCGCGCUAAUUGGAUUGAAAAUUAAAAGCGCACGAUGGUAGUGUUUGCAGCUUGAGGGGGAGGAAUAAGGACGUAAACCGCUUUUCAAUCAUCAUUCUCUGGUAGGAAUGAGCCUCAACCUCUCCUAAUGAAGAACGAAUACCAAAUUUGAGAUUUGGGAGAUUGAGUCGCUUCUGUUGAAGUAUAGUAGAUGGCGGAAACACGAAUAAUGCAGGGUAUGGCGAUAGAGGAGCGCAAAAGGCAGUAAAGGUGAGGAAGGAAUAGAGAAGUACUAAAUAUAUUAUAUUAUGAGUAUGGAUAAUUAAGGUAUAUUUAAAAAAACGGAAAAAAGAAUGAAUACGCAGGAAACCGAGACGAAGUCUAAAACACACAUACACACAUACACCCUACACACAAACUACAGUUUUUCGAAGUACAGAUCUUAUACAGCAGCGUUAGCGAACUGGACUGCGAUGGAAGAAUUGAGGUGCAGACCACGGCAGGCAGAUGAGGGAAAUGAGACUAGAAAUGCGCACGGACGGAGCAGGCAAAAAUCGAUAACCAAACUGUACAUUUUUUAAUAAAACAAA